AUGACUGAUCAUGACCAGCAGGAUGAUGGUGACAAUGAGCCUAAGAAGGGAAAACAAGGAUCAGGUAAACGCUUUAACGAUCGCCAGCGUGUGGAAAUCAUUCAAAUGGCAGAAAAUAGCAAAAUCUCCAAGCGACAGCUCGCUGAUAAGUUUGGUGUAAGUGAAGCAGCCAUUCGAAAGUUAUUGCGAAAGAAGGAGGAUUUUCUACAACGAUACUAUGACACACCAGAAGAUAUUCGUGAUCAGCGUCUGCGUGGAAAGAGUACACGUCUUGUUGCUCCUGAUUUCGAUAGUAGCUCUUCGUUACAUGCUGGUGUGACGACACCUACAAAAAGCUCUUCAGAUGAUGUUGAGACGAAGAACGCGUAUUUAGUCGAGGAUUCAUGGAAAGAAGGAUUGCAUACUUUGCUGACGCAAGUCAUGCCUUUCCUUAAGAAAUUUGUACAGAGCUCGAGUUCAAGUAACCAUGCAGUUAAAGAGGAAGUUGGUAAUAUGGUUGGUGUUGACGAAGUAGAUUGGAUCGGCUUCUCACGCGUAUUGUGCGAUAUUCGUCGUGGCUUCCACAGGUAUCCAGAGACGGGAUACCAAGAAGUUUGUACUCAAGCAUUUAUCAAACGAUUUUGUGAGCAAGCACUGCAUAUUCCAGGUAGCAAUAUUCGUGAGAUGGCAUCUACAGGUUUAAUUGUAGAUGUCUGUCAUGAUAAUGCUACUAUCUGUACCUUGGAGAAGCUGAACUUGCCAGUAAUAGCCUUUCGUGCAGACAUGGACGCACUUCCAAUUGAAGAGCUGAACGAUCACUUGCCGUACUGCUCAACGCAAAAAGGUGGACGCAGAGAGCUUCGUAAGCGUAAAAAGCGGAAGGGAUCAGAUCCUAAACUGUUCGUUUCAAAACAAACGCACGAAAAAGACCAGGACGUGGCUUCAAAUAGCAAUGACAGUGCUACCUCACAAUUGGAUCAUGCAAGCAUUGAUGUGAGUGUCGAGGCUUCAGCCGCGAAUCAACUACCUGCUUUAUCAAAUAAGACAAUUGCAACAGAUGAAGAAGCAGAUGGCGAUGAUACCGAAUUUCAAAUUUCAACUGCUGCAGCACACAUGUGUGGUCAUGACGGUCACAUGACCAUGGUACUUGGACUUUGUGCGAUGGUCGUACACAAAGCUCAUUAUCUUCCACAAGAUACUUUCGUUCGAUUUAUAUUCCAACCGGCUGAAGAAGGUCCAGGUGGAGCGAUGAAGAUGAUUGAAGAAGGUGCACUGGUCGAUGUGGAUGAAGUCUACGGAUGCCAUAAUGCACCGUUUCCAUUGUAUAGCAUUCACGUUCGUCCUGGUGCUGUGAUGGCCCACGAAGUCGAGUUUUCAAUCGAUAUUAAUGGUAUUGGAGGCCACGGAUCUGCACCACACCAGUGCGUCGAUCCCAUUCUAACAGGCUCAGCAGUAGUCCAAGCACUUCAAUCUGUCGUGAGCCGCUCGCUGUCACCGACGGACACUGCUGUUGUGUCAGUCACACAGUUUCGUGGAGGUGAUACGAACAAUGUGAUUCCAUCCCACGUGUUUCUUGGUGGAACCAUUCGUGACUUUGAUCUUCAAGUAGCCGAGAAAGUCAAAGAUCGUGUGGCUAAGUUGGUCCAUUCUACUUGUGCAGCGUACGGUGCAAUGGCAAACGUGCAUUUUUUGGAUGGCUAUGCUCCUGUUAUCAAUUCUCAAAUUGAAACGCGUCAAGUGCAGCAGAUUGCAAUGGAUUUAGGGUUGUAUGCGAGCGAGGAAGGUCUGCCUCUCAUGGCAGCUGAAGACUUCUCGUACUUUUUGCAGGAGCGUAAAGGCUGUUUCUUCUUUGUAGGUACUAAGGAAGAUGGGGAUCUCGAGACAUUACGUGCACUACAUUCGAAUCGCUAUGACUUUAACGAUAAGGCCAUUCCUAUUGGCAUUCGUUUAUUCAUGGGUAUUCUAAACUCUCGCACCAAGUGUGAGUUAUACAGUCUUGAGGAGAUGGAAGCUUUUCAAGUGGCGAUGGAACGUAUUUUGAUUAAUACAACAUUGGUAUAG